AUGGUGUUCUCAAAACAAGUCGAAUCUCCCAUUACCACCGAGUUCUUUAUUGACGAACCUACGCGAGCAAAAAUUGAGUAUCAAAAUGGCAAGGCGCUUAUGGCACGAGGACCACAGGCCUUGCACGAGCACGUCGUUUUUCACAUGGAAAAAGCGUUAGGCAGAGCACUUCCACAGAUGGAAGUGCGAUUCAAGGACGUCUCUAUUUCAGCUGAUAUCACUGUCAAGGAUGAAAUGAAUCUUAUGCUUGA